AUGCCCACCGUGAUUGCCAGCUGGUUCAGACUCCCCAACGCGCCCCUCCAUGCGUGCGGGGCCACCUCCGCUAUGUACACUGGCACCUGGGGGGAGACCAGGUACCUUUCAGCCGAAACAGAACGAACCACCAUGCAUGAUGCCAUGCAUGAUGCCAUGCGUGAUGCCAUGCGUGAUGCCAUGCGUGAUGCCAUGCGUGAUGCCAUGCGUGAUGCCAUGCGUGAUGCCAUGCGUGAUGCCAUGCGUGAUGCCAUGCGUGAUGCCAUGCUUGAUGCCAUGCGUGCCAUGCUUGAUGCCAUGCUUGAUGCCAUGCGUGAUGCCAUGCGGGAUGCCAUGCGUGAUGCCAUGCGUGAUGCCAUGCUUGAUGCCAUGCGUGAUGCCAUGCGUGAUGCCAUGCGUGAUGCCAUGCUUGAUGCCAUGCGUGCCAUGCUUGAUGCCAUGCUUGAUGCCAUGCUUGCUGCCAUGCGUGCCAUGCUUGAUGCCAUGCUUGAUGCCAUGCGUGAUGCCAUGCGUGAUGCCAUGCGUGAUGCCAUGCGUGAUGCCAUGCUUGAUGCCAUGCUUGAUGCCAUGCUUGAUGCCAUGCGUGAUGCCAUGCGUGAUGCCAUGCGUGAUGCCAUGCGUGAUGCCAUGCUUGAUGCCAUGCAUGAUGCCAUGCAUGAUGCCAUGCAUGAUGCCAUGCAUGAUGCCAUGCGUGAUGCCAUGCUUGAUGCCAUGCUUGAUGCCAUGCGUGAUGCCAUGCGUGAUGCCAUGCGUGAUGCCAUGCUUGAUGCCAUGCGUGCCAUGCUUGAUGCCAUGCUUGAUGCCAUGCAUGAUGCCAUGCAUGAUGCCAUGCUUGAUGCCAUGCGUGAUGCCAUGCGUGAUGCCAUGCGUGAUGCCAUGCUUGAUGCCAUGCGUGAUGCCAUGCGUGAUGCCAUGCAUGAUGCCAUGCAUGAUGCCAUGCUUGAUGCCAUGCAUGAUGCCAUGCGUGAUGCCAUGCGUGACGCCAUGCGUGAUGCCACGCGUGAUGCCAUGCGUGAUGCCAUGCUUGAUGCCAUGCGUGAUGCCAUGCGUGAUGCCAUGCGUGAUGCCAUGCGUGAUGCCAUGCGUGAUGCCAUGCUUGAUGCCAUGCGUGAUGCCAUGCGUGAUGCCAUGCUUGAUGCCAUGCUUGAUGCCAUGCGUGAUGCCAUGCGUGAUGCCAUGCGUGAUGCCAUGCGUGAUGCCAUGCGUGAUGCCAUGCGUGAUGCCAUGCGUGAUGCCAUGCUUGAUGCCAUGUGUGAUGCCAUGCGUGAUGCCAUGCGUGAUGCCAUGCGUGAUGCCAUGCUUGAUGCCAUGCUUGAUGCCAUGCGUGAUGCCAUGCGUGAUGCCAUGCGUGAUGCCAUGCUUGAUGCCAUGCGUGCCAUGCUUGAUGCCAUGCUUGAUGCCAUGCUUGAUGCCAUGCGUGCCAUGCUUGAUGCCAUGCUUGAUGCCAUGCGUGAUGCCAUGCGUGAUGCCAUGCGUGAUGCCAUGCGUGAUGCCAUGCUUGAUGCCAUGCGUGCCAUGCUUGAUGCCAUGCUUGAUGCCAUGCGUGAUGCCAUGCGUGAUGCCAUGCGUGAUGCCAUGCUUGAUGCCAUGCAUGAUGCCAUGCAUGAUGCCAUGCAUGAUGCCAUGCAUGAUGCCAUGCGUGAUGCCAUGCUUGAUGCCAUGCUUGAUGCCAUGCGUGAUGCCAUGCGUGAUGCCAUGCGUGAUGCCAUGCUUGAUGCCAUGCGUGCCAUGCUUGAUGCCAUGCUUGAUGCCAUGCGUGAUGCCAUGCGUGAUGCCAUGCGUGAUGCCAUGCGUGAUGCCAUGCUUGAUGCCAUGCAUGAUGCCAUGCAUGAUGCCAUGCAUGAUGCCAUGCAUGAUGCCAUGCGUGAUGCCAUGCUUGAUGCCAUGCUUGAUGCCAUGCGUGAUGCCAUGCGUGAUGCCAUGCGUGAUGCCAUGCUUGAUGCCAUGCGUGCCAUGCUUGAUGCCAUGCUUGAUGCCAUGCAUGAUGCCAUGCAUGAUGCCAUGCUUGAUGCCAUGCUUGAUGCCAUGCGUGAUGCCAUGCGUGAUGCCAUGCGUGAUGCCAUGCUUGAUGCCAUGCGUGAUGCCAUGCUUGAUGCCAUGCGUGCCAUGCUUGAUGCCAUGCUUGAUGCCAUGCGUGAUGCCAUGCGUGAUGCCAUGCGUGAUGCCAUGCUUGAUGCCAUGCGUGCCAUGCUUGAUGCCAUGCUUGAUGCCAUGUGUGAUGCCAUGCGUGAUGCCAUGCGUGAUGCCAUGCGUGAUGCCAUGCUUGAUGCCAUGCUUGAUGCCAUGCUUGAUGCCAUGCGUGAUGCCAUGCGUGAUGCCAUGCGUGACGCCAUGCGUGAUGCCACGCGUGAUGCCAUGCGUGAUGCCAUGCGUGAUGCCAUGCGUUAUGCCAUGCCUGAUGCCAUGCUUGAUGCCAUGCUUGAUGCCAUGCGUGAUGCCAUGCGUGAUGCCAUGCGUGAUGCCAUGCGUGAUGCCAUGCUUGAUGCCAUGCGUGAUGCCAUGCGUGAUGCCAUGCGUGAUGCCAUGCGUGAUGCCAUGCGUGAUGCCAUGCGUGACGCCAUGCGUGAUGCCACGCGUGAUGCCAUGCGUGAUGCCAUGCGUGAUGCCAUGCGUGAUGCCAUGCGUGAUGCCAUGCGUGAUGCCAUGCGUGAUGCCAUGCGUGCCAUGCUUGAUGCCAUGCUUGAUGCCAUGCUUGAUGCCAUGCGUGAUGCCAUGCGUGAUGCCAUGCGUGAUGCCAUGCGUGAUGCCAUGCGUGAUGCCAUGCGUGAUGCCAUGCUUGAUGCCAUGCUUGAUGCCAUGCGUGAUGCCAUGCGUGAUGCCAUGCUUGAUGCCAUGCAUGAUGCCAUGCAUGAUGCCAUGCAUGAUGCCAUGCAUGAUGCCAUGCGUGAUGCCAUGCUUGAUGCCAUGCUUGAUGCCAUGCGUGAUGCCAUGCGUGAUGCCAUGCGUGAUGCCAUGCUUGAUGCCAUGCGUGCCAUGCUUGAUGCCAUGCUUGAUGCCAUGCAUGAUGCCAUGCAUGAUGCCAUGCUUGAUGCCAUGCUUGAUGCCAUGCGUGAUGCCAUGCGUGAUGCCAUGCGUGAUGCCAUGCUUGAUGCCAUGCGUGCCAUGCUUGAUGCCAUGCUUGAUGCCAUGCGUGAUGCCAUGCGUGAUGCCAUGCGUGAUGCCAUGCGUGAUGCCAUGCUUGAUGCCAUGCGUGCCAUGCUUGAUGCCAUGCUUGAUGCCAUGUGUGAUGCCAUGCGUGAUGCCAUGCGUGAUGCCAUGCGUGAUGCCAUGCUUGAUGCCAUGCGUGAUGCCAUGCGUGAUGCCAUGCUUGAUGCCAUGCUUGAUGCCAUGCGUGAUGCCAUGCGUGAUGCCAUGCGUGAUGCCAUGCGUGAUGCCAUGCGUGAUGCCAUGCUUGAUGCCAUGCGUGAUGCCAUGCGUGAUGCCAUGCUUGAUGCCAUGCUUGAUGCCAUGCUUGAUGCCAUGCGUGAUGCCAUGCGUGAUGCCAUGCGUGAUGCCAUGCUUGAUGCCAUGCGUGCCAUGCUUGAUGCCAUGCUUGAUGCCAUGCGUGAUGCCAUGCGUGAUGCCAUGCGUGAUGCCAUGCGUGAUGCCAUGCUUGAUGCCAUGCGUGCCAUGCUUGAUGCCAUGCUUGAUGCCAUGUGUGAUGCCAUGCGUGAUGCCAUGCGUGAUGCCAUGCGUGAUGCCAUGCUUGAUGCCAUGCUUGAUGCCAUGCGUGAUGCCAUGCGUGAUGCCAUGCUUGAUGCCAUGCAUGAUGCCAUGCAUGAUGCCAUGCAUGCUGCCAUGCAUGAUGCCAUCCGUGAUGCCAUGCGUGAUGCCAUGCGUGAUGCCAUGCGUGAUGCCAUGCUUGAUGCCAUGCUUGAUGCCAUGCGUGAUGCCAUGCACAAUACCACGAACCAGAAUGCAGCCAAGAGGGUCUACGCCAAGCGGAGGCUUACCACGUAG